UGAGAUCUCCCUCCUCUUCACCAUGUCUGACAAACUGUCCUACAAAGUCGCUGACAUCAGCCUGGCCGAAUGGGGCAGAAAGGCCAUCGAAAUUGCUGAGAAUGAAAUGCCCGGACUGAUGAAGAUGAGGGAGAUGUACUCGGAAUCCAAGCCCUUGAAAGGAGCCAGGAUUGCGGGGUGCCUGCAUAUGACCCUCCAGACUGCUGUCCUUAUCGAGACCCUGACUGCACUAGGAGCUGAGGUCCAAUGGUCCAGCUGCAACAUCUUCUCUACACAGGAUCAUGCUGCUGCAGCCAUUGCCAAGACUGGAGUCCCCGUAUACGCCUGGAAGGGUGAGACGGACGAGGAGUACAUUUGGUGCAUCGAUCAGACCCUGUACUUCAAAGAUGGCAAACCCCUCAACAUGAUCCUGGAUGAUGGUGGAGACCUGACCAAUCUGGUUCACACCAAGUAUCCCCAGCUACUGAAAGGCAUUAAAGGAAUCUCUGAAGAGACCACCACUGGCGUGCACAACCUCUACAAAAUGAAGGCUAGCGGGACGCUGCAGGUUCCAGCCAUUAAUGUGAACGACUCUGUUACCAAGAGUAAGUUUGAUAACCUGUACGGAUGCAGAGAGUCGCUAAUUGAUGGCAUUAAGCGGGCCACUGACGUUAUGAUCGCUGGCAAGGUAGCCGUUGUAGCCGGAUAUGGUGAUGUCGGUAAGGGAUGCGCACAAGCACUGAGAGCCUUCGGAGCCCGUGUCAUCAUCACUGAAAUUGAUCCAAUCAAUGCACUUCAGGCUGCUAUGGAAGGAUAUGAAGUGACUACAAUGGAAGAAGCCAGCAAAGAAGGAAAUAUCUUUGUGACCACUACUGGAUGUACAGAUAUCGUAGAGGGCAGCCAUUUUGAAAACAUGAAAGAUGAUUCCAUCGUCUGCAACAUUGGCCAUUUUGAUUGUGAACUGGACGUGAAGUGGCUGAACGACAACGCUGUGAAGAAAGUCAAUAUCAAACCCCAGGUGGAUCGCUAUCUGCUGAAGAAUGGCCGCCACAUCAUUCUGCUCGCUGAGGGCCGCCUGGUGAAUUUGGGGUGCGCCAUGGGGCACCCCAGCUUUGUCAUGAGCAAUUCAUUUACAAAUCAGGUGAUGGCUCAGAUUGAGCUGUGGACCAAUAACGACAAGUAUCCUGUCGGCGUAUAUUUCCUGCCAAAGAAGUUGGAUGAGGCCGUAGCAGCUGCCCACCUCGACAAACUGGGAGUCAAGCUCACCAAGCUGACAGACAAACAAGCCAAGUAUCUUGGGUUGGAGAAAGAAGGGCCUUUCAAACCCGAUCACUACCGAUACUAAGGAUCCACAGACCCACAACCCCGGAACAUAUGAGUAUUCUGCAUCCAAAGCAACUAUUACCCGGAGCCGACGGCCUCUCCUCCUAAAGCCUGGAAUUUACUGGCACCCAAAAGUCAAGCUGAGCUGCUAAAUCUGGUAGAUUUGGAUCUGUAUAUGGGUUUUUUUUCCACACCUUAAUGAAAAAAAUGUGCCUCCUCGUGUAACUAGACUGUUCCUCACUACUACACCCUCUCUGCAAAGCCAGUGAGUGAUCGGUGCAAGUAGAGGUCAGGGCGCUGAUGGGAGUUGUAGUUCAGUUUUAGAAAAACGGUUUCGGGAGCGCCAAACUACGAUACCCGUCAUCCUCAGGUGCCACUCAACAAGAUCUCAAUGGAAGAUUGAUCUGCAACAUGCGGGUAUCUAGAGGUUCUUUGCAUACCCCCAGCCAAUCUGUUAUUGUUGGCUUUCCAGCUUUUUCUCUACUUUUUUUGUUGACUUUAUCUAUUGUUUUUUUCGGUCAAAAGGCUUUAUUUUACCAAAUUUUCUCCUUAUUGUAUCAAGCAACUCCCAGUAUUGCCUCUUGCCUACCUCGGCCUGCUAUUGUAUUUCCCAUUGGCCUUUCCUGUGACGCUUCCAUUUUUUCCAGCAAGAGCCAUUUUUUUCCAGUGGAAAUUUGCCCUUCAGCAACCUCUACCUUGUAUUUAGAUUCAUCCUUUUCAAUGUUUGAAGUUAAAAGUUUGUACCCAGUUUUGAGACGGAGGUAUACAGCAGUCUUUGGUAACAACAAUAAAAAA